AUGAGCUUCCAGGGCACUGGAGGGGUGGGCGGGACAGGACCAAACGCAAACAUGGCGGCGUCCUUAGAUGAUGAUUAUGAGUCUAAUAAUCAGGACUACUACUCUCUCCUCAACGUCAGGAAAGAGGCUACAUUGGAGGAGCUGAAGGCAUCAUACAGAAGGCUGUGCAUGCUCUACCAUCCUGACAAACAUCGAGACCCUGAGCUGAAAAGUCAGGCUGAGCAGCUGUUCAACCAGGUGCACCAGGCAUAUGAGGUCCUGAGUGAUGAACACUCCAGAGCCAUCUAUGACAUCUUUGGGAAGAAAGGCCUGGAGGUGGAAGGCUGGGAGGUGGUGGAAAGAAAGAGAACACCAGCAGAAAUCCGGGAGGAGUAUGAAAGGCUUCAGAGAGAAAGAGAAGACAGGAGACUGCAGCAAAGAACUAACCCUAAGGGCACCAUUAGCGUGGGCGUAGACGCGACAGACCUGUUCGACCGUUAUGACGAGGACUUCGAAGAGAUGCCGGGUGGAGGGUUUCCUCAUAUUGAAAUCAACAAGAUGCACAUUUCUCAGUCCAUAGAGGCUCCUUUGACAAACUCUGACACAGCUGUUCUGUCUGGCUCUCUCUCUACACACAAUGGGAACGGAGGAGGCAACAUUAACAUGACUGUACGAAGGGUUACAUCGGCCAAGGGCUGGGGAGAGGUGGAACUAGGUGCAGGAGAUAUACUUGGACCUCUCAUUGGGUUAAAGGUGUUUCGCAACAUCACUCCACGCUGUUUCCUGACAGCCCAGUGCGGUUUGCAGUUCUCUCCUCGAGGUUUGCGGCCGAGCUGUUCUCUGAUGACAGCACGCCACCUGGACCAGAACACUAUGGGAUAUCUGCAGUGGCGCUGGGGGCCCAACAGCGCCAUGACAACGAGCCUAGUCCGAGACACAAAGAGCAGCCACUUCACUCUUGCCCUGCAGCUGGGUGUGCCUCACUCCUACCUGAUGAUGAGCUACCAGUACAAGUUCCAGGAUGAAGACCAAACCAAAGUUAAAGGCUCUGUCAAGACAGGCUGGUUUGGCACUGUUGUGGAAUAUGGAGCAGAGAGGAAGAUCAGCCGACACAGUGUCCUGUCAGGGACUGUCAGCAUCGGGGUCCCUCAGGGAGUCACACUCAAGAUCAAGUUAUCCCGUGCCAGUCAGACGUACCUGUUUCCAGUCCACCUAACAGAUCAGCUGCUGCCCAGCGCCGUCUUCUAUGCCACCGCGGGACCUCUGCUGAUCUAUAUGGUGGUCCACAGACUGAUCAUCAUCCCAUAUACACGAGCACAGAAAGAGGAAGAGCUGGAGCUGCAAAGGAAGAGCUCAGCUACUGACAUUGCCAAGAAGAAACUGGAGGCAGAGUCAGCUGUUCUGCUGAUGCAGGAGUCUGUGAGGAGAAUCAUAGAAGGCGAAGAAUCCAAGAUGGGUCUGAUCAUCCUCAACGCUUGGUAUGGAAAAUUUGUGUCUGACACCAGCCAGAAGCAGGAGAAAGCAAAGGUGAUCGACGUCACCGUGCCUUUGCAGUGCCUGGUCAAAGAUUCCAAACUCAUCCUCACUGAAUCCUCCAAGGCUGGACUGCCAGGAUUCUACGACCCCUGUGUGGGAGAGGAGAAGAGUCUUAAAUUACUGUACCAGUUCAGAGGAGUCAUGCACCAAGUCAUCUCUGCAGACACUGAGGCACUACGGAUACCCAAGCAAUCUCACAGAAUUGAGUCUGAGUCUUAGGAGCCUAGCUAAUGUUGGAACACCAGAGAUAAAAAUAGACUUUCUCUAAUCAGAAGAAUCCAAGAUUGGAGGGGACACAUCAACAAUAAGUCUGUUUUCUACCCCCCCAAUCCUCUUCUGUCAUGGUAUUAGUGAAUCUAUUUAUCCAGUUCCUCCACUCCUCCCUUUCCUGUGGGCCAUCUUCGAGGUUCAGCACAGCACAGAAGUUGGAAAGAGUUUCUACAAGGUGUCACCCUUUUGUGUCUCUGGUCUGCUCAAACCUCUACCAGCUGCAGGAGAUCAGACUCCCGUACAUAGUUUAUAUAUGCACUACACUGAGAACUGUCACCAUGGAUCUGGUGAUAAUUCCUGGUGCAGAGAAAGAGUCUAAGAUGUGUCUUGACGUUACUUAAGUCAAGUAUAUACAAAUGAGCUGCGGUGUAGUUUCAUUCCAUAUCAUUGUAGUCUCUGUCCUGUGUGUGUCCUGUUUUCGUCACCCUGGUAGGUUUGAAUCUAAUAAUGUUAUAUAACAUACCAGUCGUUACACUAACUCAUAAAAAUGUUUAUAGCAACACUAUGCAGGAUCAUGUCUCAGUGACCCUCAGCAAUUUUUCUUAAUUGCCUUUUAGUGACAUGUCUGCUGAUCAUAGAGGUGCCAGUCAGCAGCAGUAAACUGGUGCUUAAUACCUCUGUCCGUGAUGGAUGGGAUGCUGGGGUUUGAGGAGGGAUGGAUAAGGAUGUGCUUUGAUUGUUGUGAGGAGAGACAGGCUUGAUACACACUGUUCACAUUGGUUCUACAACUUGAGCAAAAGCAGAGAAAUGAAUAGAGAUUCAUGUACGGUUGGGAUGUGACCACUAGAGGGCAUAGGAAUACACUUUCCCUUCAAAGUGGUUGUGAUUGCUGCUGUCUAUAACUUGUUCCUGGAGCUGACCUGAGCCACAUUGAAACCAUUUUACUGAUUACGGCACAUUUAUUGAUUUAACCUUGUUUAUUCUGUACAGCUAUAAGUGCCAUAUGUUUGAUUUUAUGAUUUAUUUCCCACUUUUUAAAACUUUUCAACUAUCUAACUGAUUUAACUGCCAAUUUGCCCCUUGUAUUAAAGGUGACAUAUCACGCUUUUUUCAUCAAUAUAUAUUGGUCUAAGAGGUCCCCAAAACAUGUCUUUAAAGUUUAUGCUCAAAAAAACACUUUGAAAUCAGAUUUUGGUCUGCCUGAAAAACCCUCUUUUUCAGCCCUCCUCAGAACACUCUGUUUUCUCUCUGACCACGCCCCCUCAGGAAGUGGAUGUGGCCUCGGCUGUCCAGCACGUUGAUCUAAUGUUUACAUGUUGGCUGAAUAUACACGGCUGCUCACAGACCCGCGUUACUUCAACCCUCUGAAUCUGAUCCAGAAUCUGAUCCUGAUGGAGAGGCGCCUGCAGCAGGACCUUUCUGAAGGAUUGGUCACAGAUUUAGUGUUUCUUGUUGUUUUAUUUAUCAGUAUGUAGACGUGUGUCUUGGUACACAGCUACGAACAUGUAGCUAUGUGGCUAUGCUAAUUAGCGCUAGCACUUAUCCAUGACAAAUAAAAAUCAUCCACUAGAUCUUCAAAUCUGCAGUCGUGGGGAGUAAAACCGACCCCUACCAGAAAGGCAGCAGGACCUUUCUGAAUGAUUGGUCACAGAUUUAGUGUUUCUUGUUGUUUUAUUUGUCAGUAUGUCGACGUGUGUCUUAGUACACAGCUACAGCUACGACAUGUAGCUAUGUAGCUAUGCUAACUAGCGCUAGCACUUAUCCAUGGUAAAUAAAAAUCAUCCACUAGAUCUUCAAAUCUGCAGACGUUGGGAGUAAAACCGACCUUUCUGUUUAUUAAGACAGCCUACAACUAGCAUGCCUCCCUCCUAAGCUCCUUGUUAGCACACAUUUGUGCAGGUGAUGAAAAACGGAGGAGGGGAUUCAGUAUUAUUUUAUACAGUCUAUGGGCUGAACAAGCUCCGAGCUCUGACUCCGUGACAGACCGGAUUGUAACAAAAACACAGAUCUCUGAAACGGCUCGUUUCAGCACACAUUUACAGAAAGGUGGAGAAAUCAGAACAGGGGCAGAAUGGAUUCUUUUAAUUCUCGGAGGGUUUGUAGACAGGGACACAUAUUUCAGGUAGAGAACCAUUAAAAAGUCCAUUUUGCAUGAUAUGUCACCUUUAAUUACAUGGUAGUACAAUGUAUGAGACGUGUAAAGGAAAACUUGUCAGCAAACUUUGAUGGGCAACUUCUGUGUGAUAUUGCAAACACUAAUUUACCUCUGCUGUAGUUAUUUUUAUGAGAAAGGUGAGGUUGACAUGAGGAGAUUUAAUUGAGGGUACUGCACUUUUAUGGUAAUUAUGGAGGGCUUUUUUUUCUGUUUGGACAUCACACGCACAUUACAAAUGUGAACCACUUUUAAAAUGUCUCCAUAGUAGUGAAGGAGAGGUUACAAAAGGGGAUUAGUUGAGGUGAUCCUGUCAUGGGCUAAAGGCAAUACCUGAAAACACUGUACACAUGUAGAACUCAAAUGUUACUUUAUCAACACAAAGGUCAGAUUUUGCACAAGAUGUACAUUAUAUUUAGGAUAAGAGGUGUUAUGAAGAGGUGCUGAAAUCCUCUAACUGAACCUAACUCAAGGUUUACUUUCAGUGGAUCCAUCUGUUAGUCCAUUUUAUGUUUGGAGAAUGCAGUUGCAGAGCAGAGGGUGUCUGACCAGUAGUGAGAAACAUGUCUCUGUCCUCCACAGUGAGAUCCAUGUUAGUGUUGAGUUCGGGGUCACUAUUACAGCAGCCAUUUUGCACUGAUUCUGUUUGUAUUGUUUGUUUGUUUUAACUGUGCUGUAAGUAUCUGAAAGGUCAGCUGGUCGCCUCUGCUCUGGUGCCACCCAGAGGCCAGCAGACAGACUGCUAUCCAGCUGUGAAACUCCAGCCCACCACCCAAACUGACCCACAUUAGUAUGUAUGUCAAUGUAAUGUAAUGCUGAGGAGCCUGUUUUCUGUGUGCUGUAAAGGCUACAAUAAAUAUGAACCUAUAUUA